CUGUGGGCGCCGGUGAGGUCAGGGCCCAUUGGAGACUGCCUCGACUCCCCCCACCUCAGCCGCCCUCCCUCCCUUAGGCCUAACUCGGAGGAACACUUGGGCAUGGUUUCCCGCUGAUAUGGCGUGAGGGGCGACGUUUGUUUGCCUGUUUAGUUCAUCGACUUGUUCCUUUGUUUAUAAUAUCAUUAUUAUUCAUAUGCCGAGCAGGGUACAUCUGACAAUUUCCGGGAUAUCGUUUCUUUGUUACUCUGUUUUCUUUGCAUUAAGUGGCCGUUCCUGCUCGUUACUCACCUCGCUCACGUACUAUGUACAGCGAUGCUCAGAGAUUAAAGGACAAAGGCGCAGGUUCAGUGUUCUCAUCAAGACAUUAUUAUUUUAUAUAUUUUUAGCUACCGUGAAUAUUACGUGAGAUUUAGUUAUAAAAAUAAUAAAACACAAACACGUAGAGUUGCAUGUUAGUCAUUUGUCUAGUCACUUUCUACGCGUUGCUUCUCCUUUCUCACGUAGCUCAGGUGUAGCCGGAUAUUAGGCAGAGUUUCAUGUGGCUUGAAGACGCGUCGAUUCAUAUGUACGAAUCGUCACCACCAAGUAUUUAAUGGCAUCAGGAGGCAGCAUCAGGUGACAGGCGUGGUGUCCGGCUCAGGGAAAAUGACCCCGGGCACGUCUGUCGAAGGUGAAGUGAGUUACAUGCUAGUGAUUUUAAAGUCUUUAAACUAACCAUUCCCAAGUAAUACAGCCACCUCACCUGCAACUACUGACGUAAAUGUAUUCAGGACUUGAGCACAAGUGCGGUUUGAUUCAUAAUUAAAAUUAUUUUAAAAGCUACAUUAAUAUGCACAUAAAAAUGCUCUCACGGUGUCUCUUGCCCCGACGUGCAGCUCACUGCCUGGCGCACGAUGAAACUCAAGCAAUAGUUCGUUCCCGCCCGUCCAUUAUAGGAACACCUGCACACAGCAAGGCAACACUAGGUAUGAAAUCGAACGCAGCAAGUGUGUGGUGCGUUAACAUCCAGCUAAACGUUAUCCUAACGAGAAGGAGAACAAUGAGCGAGCGGUCACAUGUGUACGAGAGCAAGAUUCGUGCCUGGCAACGUGGGGUGAGCGCUAGUGUGAUCCUAGUUUGAAGAGUGUUAGUAUUGAUCAGCCUUCAUGAACGUUUUCCAAGGCUGCAUAACAUUACCUGUAUCAGUAUAACGUCACAAGGUGCGCCAUGUAGCUCAGCUAUCUCCAGGAUUCCAAGUCACCGUCACUCAUGGCAUCACUAAGGGAGGUUGCCAGGAUAUUUUACAGUGUGUCCUGAGCCCUGACUGGUCGCAUACAUUGUCCCAAGAGUGACCGGAACUUCUUUGUGAUGGGAAUCGAGGUGCAGCUACAAAGGACAAAACUGUAAGUGAAAAUACGAGAGCAGGCGAGCAUCAGCGUCACGUGCAGGCAAGCGUGGUGACGGCAGGCAGGUGACGCGUGAGAGGACAGCCACAGAUUAUCAGUGACGGGACCAUAAAUUUGUUUACACACGUGAAAGUAAUAAGCGGCGAUUAGAAGUGAGAAAGAAAUGCCGACCCCUGACAGGACUAACGGGCCAGUAACUUGAAUAUUUAUACAGCACCUGAGUGUAAUACUGCCGAGAUGGAGAUGGAGAAAAAUAUGGCCAAUGGGACACCGGCGAGCAUGAACGUUGUGGUGUCCCGCGUGAACAGGAGUGCGAGGUGUCGGUGUUGCCUAUGGAUGGUGGCCGUGUGGUGUGCCGCGACCGUCAUCUUCAUGCUGGCAGGGUACGACAGCGUUGUGCACUCGGUGGCCGUGAACCAAAUGGUGCUCCGUCAGGGCGGCCAGAAGUAUGAGUCCUGGGUAGACACACCUGUUCCCGUGUACUACAAAGUUUAUGUAUUUAACCUGACGAAUCCCAAGCAGUUCAUGGCUGGAGACAGACCACGGGUGCAGGAACGAGGCCCCUACGUGUACCUGAUGAAGGAAACCAAAGAGGAGAUCGAGUUUCAUUCCAACGGCUCCGUUACCUACAGGACCAAACCGUUGUACUUCUUUCAACCCGAAAUGUCAAAUGGAGCCGAGGAAGACGUUCUGGUCACCGUCAACAUUCCCUUCGUGAACGCAGCGGACGCAGUCAAAGAUCAGGGCUUCUUCCGUAUGGUUAUACAGAUGGCUAAGAAGAUCCACGGCUUUGACACAGUGCGAACCCUAACCGUCGGGGAGCUGUUGUGGGGACACAAGUCGCGAGUGAUGGAAUGGGCCAGACAGCUGCAGGAGCUGCCCUACCCGCACCAGCUAUUUGGCCUCCUGGUUGGGUUCAACGACUCCAUUCAAGAGCCAUACACAAUGCACACAGGCAAGGGUGACGCCGCCAAAAUGAACCAGAUCCUCUCCUGGAACGGGCGACAGCGGCUGGACUUCUGGAGUGGUGACAAGUGUAAUGAGAUCCGCGGCACCGAUGCCAACGGGUUCGCGCCCGGGGUGACGAAAGGGGACAGGUUAUACAUCUUCAAUGGUCAGCUCUGCCGCGCCAUUCCGCUCGUGUUCAACGACACCGUGAUGCAGUCCGGCAUCGCCGCCUACCGGUUCGUGCCGCCCGACGAUGUAUUUGCCUACGGUACCAACUUCCCUGAGAACGCGUGUUACUGCAGUGGAGGUGGCUGUCCGCCCUCGGGAAUCCUGGACAUGAAGCCCUGCUACUGGGGGGCUUCCGUCGGCUUCUCAUUUCCUCACUUCUACAAGGGGGACCCCAAGCUGAGGCACAUGGUUCUCGGACUUAGGCUUUCUCCUUCUCUGCCUCCCUCAGACACACCGACACCCACAGUCUGCACCUCACCCCAGGUCAGCAGCAGCCCCAGAAUGCAACACACUCACUCUUACCUCACACAAAAACUAACCGUCGUCUCAAUUGCAUCACUCAUCAUGGAGCACGACGAUGAGUGGGACGACGAGAAGGAUUUGGACGAGAUGAAGCUUGCCUUUGAUGAGGAAGACAGUGUGUCAGAGUAUGACGAACCGACGACUGAUGAUGAAAGAGAAAAACACGAAAAACUUUUUGAGGAGGAGUUGACGUCGAGCCUUCGCACUGAGCCAGUCGAGUGUUGUGUGUGUAUGAGUGAUGGUGGCGUGAAGCGGUGGCGGCGCAGACACCCUAUCGAGGAGCAGCGUGACCCUAUAGGAUACUACUACGACGAUGACUACGACGAUGACUUUCCUCGGAAGAGGAGGAAGUGCUCCAGGCGGUGUUGCUGUUGCCAGUGGUGGUGUUUGCUGCUGAUGGCCAUAAUAAGCUUCCUGGCCCUGAUUACAGUCGUGUUUUGGGGUGAGUCUACCAUGCAUGCGGGGGUCCUGCGUGGCAUCACCCUAUCGGAGGGGUCAGACAAAGACCACAUGUGGAGGGCGGCUGAAGUUGAAGUUCUCUACACUGUUUACGUCUUCAACUUGACCAAUCCCGAUCAGUUCAUGCAGGGAGCCCGGCCCAGAGUCCAGGAGCUCGGGCCGUACGUCUACACCCUCAGAGAGACCAAAGAAAAUGUAAGAUACGAAGACGAUGGAACAAUAGUAGAGUAUCAAGGGAGGCCAGCCUACUUCUUCCAGCCCCACCUAUCGGAAGGCAGCGAAAAUGAUCCCAUUACCACCGUCAACAUUCCAUUCGUGAGUGCGGCGGACAUGGUGAAAGAAUACAAACUAGUCAAAACAAUGCUGAAAGUAGUGAAAAAAGUUCACGGUUUCAAAACUAUCAGAAAACAAACGGUGGGCGAGCUUCUGUGGGGCUCCCGCUCCGAGGUGCUGGACUGGGCCCGCACGAUGCAGGAUGCGGUUUACCCGCACCAGCUGUUUGGCCUUCUGAUGGGGCUCAACUAUACCCUGCAGCCGCCCUAUCGCAUGCACACGGGGAAGGACGACCCAGGCAAGAUGAACAAGAUUCUGGCUUACAAUGGCCACGAGGUGCUCUUCUCCUGGUUCGGCGACACGUGCAACAUGAUAAGAGGGACUGACGGUAACGGCUUCGCUCCCGGACUGACCAUGAACGACACACUCUACAUUUUCAACGGACAGCUGUGCCGCUCCCUGCCACUCGUCUACAACGCCACCGUACAAAACGAGAAGGGACUGGAGGCCUACCGCUUCGUGCAUCCCAAAGGCGUCUUCUCCUACGACGCAGCUCACCCGGAGAACCAGUGUUUCUGUGGCGAGCAAGGGUGUCCUCCCAGGGGCGUGCUGGACAUGAAGUCUUGUUACUUUGGGGCUUCUGUGGGGUUCUCCUUCCCUCACUUUUAUGACGGCGACCCUAAACUGAGACACAUGGUGUUUGGCCUCAGGCCCAACCCAGAGAAGCACAGAACGGAAUUUGAUAUCUACCCUGACCUGGGCAUCCCUCUUCGUGUCAAGCUUCGUAUGCAGAUGAAUGUGAUGUUGGACCGCAACCAGCCCUUGGAGCGUGCCAGGCACUUUGAUGUGGUGCUGCCAGUGUUCUGGUUUGAGGUGGGAGUGGACUCACUGCCAGGGGAUGUUGUAGGCCUGCUGAAACUUGCUCAGAAUCUGCCUCCAGUGGUGAAAACAACCAGCGUCACUCUUUGCACAGCACUCACCCUCAUAUUUUUGCUACUCCUACUUGCUCAAACCAUAGCAACUUGGUGUGGCUGGGGUACUUCUAAGGCACUGAAACGUCCUCUUACACCUGAAGACCUUCCACAUCUUUCGCCAUGUCGUCCCAUGAGUACUCAUUGGCAGUAUGAUGAACUACAUAAGCCACCAAGAUGUGGAAGCUCCUUCCAUGCUACACCCAGUGAGAAGAGUGCCCUCACCUCCCCACAGCCUCUUACCCCAGGCCUUGACAUUCCAAUAAUUGAUGACCACACCUUACUUCCUCCAUAUAGAGCCCGUAGGGGAGGUAGUCCAGAUGUAUUACCACAGCCAGAAGAUGGUGAAUACAGCAUUGACCAAGUGCCUCCACCUUACAGUCCAGGGCCACAGCAGCGCACAUCUUCCACAGUGUCAGUAGAGAUUCACACCACAGCUUCUGAUGAUGAUCUGCAGAACAUUCCAGGAUCCAGUACAGCAAUAACACCAGUAGAAGAUUUGCCACCUGAUCAUAGCUCACCAACAGAAUCCCUACCAGCAGUUAGUGAAGAGAAUGAACCUUCUGCUCCUCUUGCCAGACUUGAGGAGACAUCAGAGACAUCAGACAGUGAAGGUAAUUCUGCAUCUGGUCUACCAUCAUCACCUGAACUCCCACCUGAGUCAGAGUCCCAAAGAUUACCAGGAAGCCCUGCUCCUCUUGCCACCUCUAGUCCCCAGGGGUCCAUGGGCAACAAUAACAGGCGGAAUGAUUUGCCGCCUCCCUUGGAAUCAGACUUGUGAGUGUUUGGCAACGAAACUCGUAUGGAUGUGUUAUAUUUAUUUUAGUUUUCCAGCGUGCACUAUUUCAGUGAGCAUUGUGAAAGUUACAUUUGAUCACUGUAGCAAGUUUUACAGUGUUUCAGUGAUAUGUGUUGGUAAAUUUGUCUGUUUUAGCUUUUUUUUUCUCUCUACUUAAGUGCCUUAAUUACUGGAGGGAAUGGAAAUUAUGGAUUUUGUAGGAUUUGUUUUAACUUGUUGGAAUUACCAUUACAGGAGAGAUUUUUAUAGGCAUUAUCAGUACACUUACUAUUAUUGUAUUAUUAAUCUUUUACUAGUAUGUUUUAUGUAUAAUUUAUUGAUGAUUUAACUAAGCCAGUCAUACUGAUAGUUAUGAGGAUAAGGGUGAAUAUUGUUUUAGUAUUGAAAUCAGUGCUAAUUUUGUAAAGGUGAAUAUACAGUACGUGCUCAAGUGAAUGCAUCCACAACUGAAUUCAAGGAGAAAAAAAGCUCAAAGUAUGUUUGAAUGCAGUAUUGUACCUUAUGAAAAGGUAUUCAGACACAUAAUUUUCCAAACUUAAUGCCUCAGAUUCUCCAUUCAUUUUUCAGCAUAUGUAUGUAUUGCAUUAUUUAGGUGUUUAUGUAUGCCUGUGUGCCUUACUGAAAGAUGGUAAAUUGGUCUCUGAUAAAUAUUUUUAUUCUCACUAUCACCAAACAGACAGGGACUGCCAUGUGUAGGCCUGAUGGCUUCUUGCAGCUUCCCUUAUGUUCUUAUGAACUCAAGAUGUUAUUUUGAAAACUAAAUUGAAAGAAAAAUUUUGGUCCUAACUCUUGUAAUAUAUAUAUAUAUAUAUAUAUAUAUAUAUAUAUAUAUAUAUAUAUAUAUAUAUAUAUAUAUAUAUAUAUAUAUAUAUAUAUAUAUAUAUAUAUAUAUAUAUAUAUAUAUAUAUGAGAAAUCCAUCUUUCAUGUGGAAGAAUAUGCUUGUAUAUAUAUCAUAAAUUGCAAGUGAAGGCAUUGUUUCAUGUACCGUUCUUAUAUUUUACCCUGCUUAUCAAAGGGUUGUUUUGUAUACAAUAGCUGCCAGUUGUUAUUUUACUUUAAACCUAUAUUCUACAUAUAUAUAUAUAUAUAUAUAUAUAUAUAUAUAUAUAUAUAUAUAUAUAUAUAUAUAUAUAUAUAUAUAUAUAUAUAUAUAUAUAUAUAUAUAUAUAUAUAUAAUGAAAAGCAAUGUUAAGGUGUAUUGUUAUCUCUGUGAGACAAGCAUUGCUUUAUAGCUGAAAACAUGUUCUGUUGAGAAUGUAAAUGAAAACUGAACCCUUGUCAUGAUGCAGUCAGGGAGGGUUUGUCCAGUGCAUUGCAAGCCAAAAGCACAAGUGAUUUCUAAUAUCUUUGUGAAUUUAAAUUUAACAUGAACUACUAAAAUUUGCCCUGCAACAUGUGAUAUACAAAUGCUAGUGUAAUGAAUUUAUUCCAUUUGCUCUUGUAGUUGCCAAUCAUGUGUCUUUCACUGUGUUAUUAUAUUAGAUAGUAUUCCUAGCCAAGCUUGUAGUGCAUAAUUUCUUUGUAACAAGGCAUGUGUGUAACAUAAUUGAACUACUGCAAGAAGUGUUGGAUGUGUUAAAAUAUGGUAAUAAUAUCUGUGAAAAAAGAAAGGCAUAUUAGAUACAUAUUGAUGUUACACAGCAGCACUACAGCAUCUUAAAUUUUUUUUAUAAAUAUUCUAUGAUUUUUCCAUAGCUGUUAAAUGUAGUUCACAAUUUCUCUCUCUCUCUCUCUCUCUCUCUCUCUCUCUCUCUCUCUCUCUCUCUCUCUCUCUCUCUCUCUCUCUCUCUCUCUCUCUCUCUCUCUCUCUCUCUCUCUCUCUCUCUCUCUCUCUCUCUCUCUCUCUCUCUCUCUCUCUCUCUCUCUCUCUCUCUCUCUCUCUCUCUCCUGAAAAUUAUGCUUGUUAUGAAGACAUACUGCUCGCAUGCAAAUAGGAAUAAAUGAAUAUAUGAUAAUCUAAAUGACUACGUCCAGUAGGAUUUUGGAGUAUGAAUGUAAUCUAUACUGAAGAUUACAUUUCAAGAUUGUUCCUCAUAUACUGCAGUAUUGUGGAGUGUGGCUGUGAAAUUGUUAAGAUAUGCAUUGCUUCCACCCUUCCACACUUUUCCUGAUAACUUUAUUUAUAUUUAUAGAUAUAAGGUCAUAAUAACAAUAAAAAAUAUAUAUUCUUUGGACAAGAGUCCCAUGACAGUGUUGUAGCCCAGUGUGUUAGCUAUCAGUCAUUUGUAUAACUUUUAGAGAAUCUUUACACAACUGUGGGAUCCAUAAUAGAUCAAAUGGAAUCCUGUUGUAGUUAUUCAUAGCAGAAAUUCACCAACAGAUCAUUCCAUGAGUUGACUGCUGUUUGGCACCAUAGGCUGCAAUGUUACACCUUGAUUUGUUCAUAAUUCUACAUUUUGAGUUAUUCUUGAAAACCAAGCACUGAGUACUAUGUCAAAAGUUAUUAAGGUUGACUGAUUAAUAUGAAUUUCAUACAAUUUGAAGAAAAAUUCAAAUUAGGAAGUAUUGCAGAAAUAACUUGUGUACCUACAUGGCUGGCUGAUUCAUGAGAUGCCAGUCUUCCCAUUCCAUUUAUGCAGAAAGGUUGAAAUGAUUGUAGUUGUACUACUAACAACUGAGAGAUUAAGUGUAAGGCUAAUGAUGGUAAUUAUUAGAUAAUUCUGAGUUUUAUCUGUCUAUUAUGUCUGUAUCUCUGAGGCUUCAUCCCCUCAGAGGAGCUUCCCUUAAUUAAGAAAUUGACCAUAGCAGAAAAAUCUCAAUCUUUCCCUCUUUUAGCAUUUCCUUAAUGUGUGGUCAAAUCAUCACAUGUCUUUGCUUUCCUUUUAAUACUCAGCCAUUGUUUAUCUGUUGUAUUUUUUGUUUCCCUCUUCCAUUUGAUCUUUCAGAGUUCAAUUACCACUGAAAUGUGAACUGUCAGGAUAGAUAAAGUAGUACUACUUAGGUAUGUGCCAUAGCAGUCAGUGCAUCAACUCUCCAAGGAAUGGUAUGAUGUACUGAAUAUGUAUAUGUUAAUUGUUAUUCCUGAGUAAACCAUCCCAUCCAUGUUAAAAGUGCAACUUCUAUGCCAGUUUUGCUCAUGCUUACUUUUUAUUUCUUUUUAUUUUUUAAGGUUGUAAGCUUUCUGCAUCAGUUACAAUAAUGUAUAAAGCUUUUCUAUAUUGCUGUGAUGGUGAUUACUGUAACAGGUUGUACUUUUCUGAACUAGAAACAGAGUUCUUCAUGGAUUCUGCUGGCACAGUUACCACACUGAUAUCCUACUGUUACAUUCACUAGCUACAUUCUCAAUAAAUAUUUCAAUGAUACCGGUUCAUGUGUGUUCAGUGGCAUUUUUAUUGUUUAUUACAAGCACAAACCCAUCAAUACUGCACUAAGAAUGUAAAUAAAUUUUUCAGUCAUUA